AUGAAUGUGUUUCUCGACACCUCCAUAUUUUUGGGGAAAUUUCUAUAUUAUUUUUUAGAAUCUUUAUUUUACAAGAUAAUUUCCAAGAAGAAAAAGGACGUUACUGGAGAGAUUGUCCUUAUAACAGGAGCUGCAAGUGGACUUGGGAGGUUAUUGGCUAUCAAAUUUGCCAGGCUUGGAGCCAUUUUAGUUCUAUGGGACAUUAACAAAGAAGGCAACAUGGAAACGUGUAGAAUGAUCAAAGAAAAGCAGGUUGCGAAAGUAUUUGCCUAUACGUGCGACUGUAGUAAUAGACAAGAUGUCUACAGAGCUGCUGACCAGGUUAAGAAGGAAGUGGGCAACGUGACUAUCCUCAUUAACAAUGCAGGGGUCGUGACAGGAAGAGAGUUCCUCAAAACUCCAGACCACAUGGUGGAAAGAUCAUUUCUUACCAACGCCAUGUCUCACUUCUGGACUUGUAAGGCCUUCCUUCCUGCCAUGCUUGAAGCUAACCAUGGUCACUUAGUCUGCAUUUCAAGUAUAGCAGGAAUGACCGGGAUCAAUGGUCUGUCAGAUUACUGUGCCAGCAAGUUUGCAGCUUAUGGCUUUGCGGAGUCUCUCCACUUUGAAUUAAGACUAUUACAAAAAACUAAUAUUAAAACCACCAUUAUUUGCCCAUAUUUUAUCCAAACUGGAAUGUUUGAGGGCUGUUCAACCAACUGUCCUUCUCUCUUACCGAUUCUGGAACCAGAAUAUGCAGUCAGGAAGAUAGUAGAUGCUAUCCUGCAAGAAAACCUGUACCUGUAUAUGCCCAAGUUUAUAUACUUCAUGGUGUUUUUAAAAAGCUUCUUGCCCCUCAAGCUGGGGCUGCUUUUGGCUGAGUACCUGGGGACCUUUAAUGUAAUGGAUGGCUUCACUGACUCCAGGAAGAAAAACUGA